AAUAAAUACUUUUGCUCACAUAUCUUUCUGGAAGCACAAACAGAGCUGCUGAGCUCUGCAGUCUCACUUUGCAAUGACACAAAGGCGACUGUGAAUUGUCCUCGCCGGCAGCCAAUGAGCUCAAAGCAGCCGUGGCUCAGUGUCUACCAGCGGCCGGCCGGUGCCAGUUUCCAGCCGGACUCCCGCGGGUGUUGGGGGGCAAAAAGAAUUUUCUAAUCCGUCACCAUUGUACCAAUUGUCUAUAAAAAUUAAUGUGCGAGUGAAGCUCUGUCUUCACAUGAGGGCUAUCAAAUUUCCAAAUCACUGUUCAUGAAAGAGUACAAACAAAGAAAUGAAUGACUCUGAAGAUUUCAAGGAGGCAGAGAAUAGAAGCAAAGACCAAAUAGAUGGCACAGGGAUGAGCCUGGGACACAGGAAGGGAGUGAGGGUGACUGGGAAAUAUGUGACUCCUGUGGACUGGAGCAGCAGAGGAGCGGGUCCAUCCAUCGUCCACUCUCCCACCAGCACCCCCACUGUGAUCUCCAUUGGCCCUCUGCCGCACAGGCCCCCAGAGCGCGUAGAUGUUCCCAGGAUGGAUGAACCUUCUGUCGGGGAGGACUGGCCCGAGGAGGCUCAAACACAGGUGUCCUACGGUGAGAUGGGUGUCCCCAGGCAGACCCUGGAGGAGCUGAAGACCCUCCUGAGGGACAGUCCUCUGCUCAGCGUCCGGGGAAGAGACGACGGGAAGCCAGGGAGUCCUUAUACGUACCUCCACGGGAGCAGCAGCAGGAGCGGUAGAGAUGGUGGUGGAAAGCCCGACGGACGGCAGGACGAUGGAAACCCCCAAAGGGCGUUCAGCACCUUCAAACCCAACUCUGAUGCUUCCAGAAGGGGGCCCAGGUCCAGAGAGAGCACAUCUAUUCAGCAGCCUAGCAGCAUGGAUUCAUCCAGCUCAUUCAGGUCUGAUGCCAACACAAAUAGACAGCCGGGAGUCAGUGCACACUCAUAUGCAAGCGGUGGCUCCUGGGAAGGGACGGGAGCUUCUCAUACAGAUAACGGGAACGAUACGGUCGAGUUCUCCGGCAAUCAGAGGUUCAUAGCAGCCAUGGAGCAGAUCAAGCAGCAAAUCGCCCGAGAAAACAUCAACUUUGUCCGCUUCGAGGCCACCGAUCUCCACGGGGUGUCCAGGUCCAAGACAGUGCCUGUUCGCUUCUUCCAUGAGAAAGCCGUAUACGGGGUUCCAAUGCCGAGAAGUUACUUGGAGCUAACGCUGAGUCCUAAGAGUAACGAAGUGGAUAACGCGAACACUGCCAACUUCAGCAGUGAUGUCCUUUUGAUCCCCGACCUUGCAACCUUCAGGGUCCUACCCUGGGCUGAGCAGACAGCCCGGGUCAUCUGUGACCCCUGCACAGUCACAGGAAGCCCCCUUCGCACUUCGCCACGCCUCAUUGCCAAGCAGCUCCUUGGCCAGCUCCAAAGCCUGGGAUUCUCCCUGCACGCCUCCUUCACCUACGAAUGCUGCGUCCUGGGAGCGCCAGACCGGAUCGGACCAAAAACGCUCCUGUUCCCUGCCACCACCCUGCUGAGCAACCAUGACCUGCCUUUCUUCCAGCAGCUGGUUGACAGCAUGUACUGCAUGGGCGCAGACAUAGACAGCAUCGCUUCUGCCAGCGGGCCCGGCCAGAUGGAGAUCAACCUGAGGCCAGAGUUCGGGAUUGCGGCUGCAGAUAGCGCCUUCACCUUCCGCACCGGCAUCAAAGAAAUGGCUCGUAAACACAGCUACAUCGCCAGCUUCUUCACCGACGAUGGCUUGUACAACGCUGGGGUUCUCUCUCACAGCCUGUGGGAUGCUAAUGGGCGACGUAGCCUCUUCCACAGUGGGGAGAAGCAAGGCGAGCUGUCUGAGAUUGGCAGGAAAUGGCUGGCCGGGCUCCUCAACCACUCUGCUGCACUGAGCUGCCUGAUGUCGCCAGGCCUCGGCUGCCGGAGCCACAUCGCCAAGUCGAUCAAAGACCCCAAACGGAUGCUGUACGCCACCUGUGGCAGCAACGAUAACAGCAGCUCCUUCAACAUCAAAUGUCACGGUGGGCGGGAGACGCACAUUGACAACAAGCUGGGCUCAGCCAUGGCCAACCCUUACGUCGUGCUGGCCGCUACAGUGGCCGCAGGUCUGGACGGCAUCAGACGGAACCUGAACUUUGAGAGCGGCCUGAACAAAGCCCCCAGUCAGCAAAAGGAAUUUUCCAUCCCCGUGAAGCUCGACGACGCUCUGGAGGCGCUGGGGGACGAUCAUGUCAUCCGCAGCACCCUCGGGGAGCCGUUCGUUCAGUAUUUCAUCGCCAUGAAAAAGUUUGAGAUUGAGACCCAAGAGCUGGAUGAUGAGAGGAACAAGUGCCUGGAGUAUUUUAUCUAGAAAUCCUCCAUGUUUUAUAUUAUGCGAAACACAGGUCGUCCUGCCAUACAAAUAAACUAAAUGCAUGAGAAACAACUGCUUGAACAUAAAGGUUGUUUAUUUUAUAUAUUAUGUUGAUAACUUAUUAUCAUUAUUAUUAUUAUUAUUACACAGAUUUUAGAUAUUUUUCAGAGUCAUUUCAAAAUAAAGGUAUAAACACACCCUCAA